AUGGGAAGUUGGUUUAGUAAAUUAUUUAGUACACAAGAAAUAAAUAUUGCUAUGGUUGGUCUAGAUAAUGCUGGUAAAACUACUAUUUUAUAUCAAUUAAGACUUGGAGAGACUGUUACAACAAUACCAACAAUUGGAGUCAAUGUAGAGUCAAUAAAAAUAAACAAUAUUAAUUUUUCAGUAAUAGACCUUGGAGGUCAAAGUAAAAUUCGACCUUUAUGGAGACAUUAUUAUGAAGGAACACAAGGAAUUGUAUUUGUAGUUGAUUCUUCUGAUAAAGAACGGAUAGAAGAAUCUGGUGAUGUUUUAAGAAAAAUGUGCAAAAACGAAUUACUCAAAGAUUGUGCUUUGUUGAUUCUUGGUAAUAAAAAAGAUAUUGAAGGAGCAGUUAAUGAAGAUGAACUAACAAAAUUACUAAAACUUGAGAUGAUUCAAUUGAAGUAUUUGGUAAAAUCCGUUUCUGCAACAAAUAAUGAAGGGUUGACUGAAGCAUUUAUAUGGCUUAGUGAAAAUGUUUGUCAUUAA